UUGGGACCAAUGGAAAUACUCCUCAGACCGUUUCAUUUUCCACAUCCACUUCUGCAAUUGAGUUCAAUGGCAUCGGACGUUGCUUUGCAAGCCGCUUUUUAAGAAAGUCAGAUAUCCAUUUUUCUGCAACUUUUCUAGCCUUCGCUACGACUCAAUUCGCCUCGCCUCCUCUCGACAAGUCUCGCGUUGCAAAGUGUCCAAAUUAUCUCGAAAAAUUUAUUUUUUUAUUUCUUCUCCCAAUUUAAAACUACGUGCUUCGGUAUAAGUGUCCAAAAAAUAAGGAUGCUGAUAAAAGAAAAACAACAGAAUGAUCCAGAAAAUUUUCACCUAGAUGAUCGUCAUGAAAAUCUUUGGAUCGAAUGACACACCUUUUUGCAGUGAAGAGAGAUUUGAAAGGCAAGGCAUGCAAAGAGCGCAGCGAAGACGAUUAUCCUCGUAAAAAAAAAUAAAAUAAAUAAUCGAAUACAUUCACCGGCCGGCUCUAAGAUUGCAGCUGAAGCAAGAAAAUUAAUUUUUCUUGUACUCAGUCUCCUCUCCACAAUCUUUCUUGCUACGUUGGACUGAUCGAUUUAGCUUCAAGGAUCAGAUAUUUAAACAAAGGUCGAUGCCGAGUAAAAAAAGUAUCACCCAACUGCAAAACUUGUCACACAGAUGAUCCUCAUGAAACUCUGGAUCGAAUAAAAACAUCUUUGUGUUAGAAAAUUUUUGAAAGUCAGGGAUAAAAAAAGUGUACCUAGAUAAAUCAAGUGUUUUGAAUCAACAGAGAACUCAUUAGCCUCAAAUUUCUGAUUCUUUAAUUCCGAUACCUGUAAAACAAAACCAAAAUGGCUAGCGUCGAUACCGAUUUAGAAGAGAUGAUGUCCCAUCUCGGGGAAUUUGGAAAAUAUCAAGCAUGGCAAUUUGCAUUACACAUAAUAGCUGGUUUAACAGCUGGAUUGCACAUGAUGACCCUAACAACUGUAGCUGCCGUACCCGAACACAAGUGUCUCCUACCUCUUGACCUUGAAAACACAACCUUGCAGCUACUUGAUUCCACGUUUCCGGAACAACAAUGGAAUCAAUCCGCAAUCAAUCAAUCAACAAUCCCCCAAUCUCCAUUGUUCCACCGAGGUCCCAGAACAAUACCAGGAGACACCUGUUCCUAUCUCGAUGAAAACAACAACACCAAAACCUGUUCAGCUUGGCUAUACAACACAACCUACUAUCAAUCAUCUCGAGGUAUAGAAUGGAACUUUGUCUGUUCGAGAAAAUGGAUGGGAGCUGUUGCACAAUCAACCUACAUGUUUGGUGUUUUCGCUGGUGCUGUCAUUUUGGGAUCAAUGGCUGACAAGUAUGGUAGGAAAAUCAUCUUCUACAUCUCCGCAGUAGCACAAUUGAUCCUCGGUGUUUUGGUAGCUUUCGUACCAGAAUACUACACUUUUCUGAUCAUCAGAUUCCUCUAUGGUGUUUUUGGUUCUGCUGGAGCAUACAUCACUGGUUUUGUUCUGACAAUGGAACUUGUUGGACCAUCAAAGAGAACAAUUUGCGGUAUAUCUUUCCAAGCAGCUUUCGCAACCGGGUUUAUGUUGGUAGCAGCUUGGGGAGCAGUCAUCAAAGACCGAAUGUGGCUACAGAUAAUUUAUGGUCUUCACAGUGCUUUGUUGAUUGGGCACUGGUGGCUAAUGGACGAGUCUCCCAGAUGGUUGUGGGCACAAGGUCGUGUUAGAGAAGCAGUGACAAUAGUCAAGAAAGGACUGAAAAUGAAUGGAACAGAGGAUCAUCUGGAUAUGGCUGAUCUCGUCUCGAAAAGCAAAGCCUCUGCAGAUGCAGACAAAUCACAUGGUGGACUGGAUCUCUUCAAAACACCCAAUCUCAGAAAGAAAACAUUGAACGUUUGUCUGAAUUGGUUUGCGAACUCGAUAGCAUACUAUGGCCUGUCUCUGAACGCGAAGAAUCUGGAUGGAAAUCCAUUUUUGAUGAUGUUUUGUUCUGGGCUUGUUGAAAUCCCGAGUUAUGUUUUCACCACUUGUUUGAUGGAUCGUACAGGAAGGAGAAGUUUGCUGAGCACUUUCAUGUUAGUUGGUGGAAUAUGCUGCAUAAGUGCAACUCAAAUUCCGGAAGAUCAAAAAACGGCAGUGACGAUCAUCAGUUUAUUGGGAAAAUCCUGCAUUGCGGGAUCGUUUGCGAUAAUUUACAAUUACACAGCUGAGUUGUUUCCAACUGUUGUCAGGAAUACAGCUCUCGGGAUUGGUUCAAUGUGUGCAAGGCUCAGUGGAGCUCUCACGCCGAUGAUCAUGUUGUUGGAUUCUUUCAAUCCGAAAGUACCACCUACCGUUUUCGGAUUUAUUGCUCUCGUUUCCGGAUUUUUGGCUCUUUAUUUACCGGAAACGAUGAAUCAGCCGAUGCCGGAAACUUUGGAGGAUGGUGAAAAUUUCGGGAAGGGAGACACUUGUUUUACGAGUUGGAGAGGCAGAAAUAAAAACAGUGAAUAUGAAAUUGCGAUGCAGAAAGCUAACGAGGAUGAGAGAGAUGAAAGGACUAAUGGGAAAGCUGUUGUUGCGUAAACUUCUAUGCGUUAACACAUUAAAUAAUUAAUUCAAUUAAUUAUUUUCUUUUAAUUGAAAAAGAAAGUUAAUUAAUUCGUUACGUUUUAAUAUUAUUUCUGAUGAAUUUAUUAGGUUAAGAAUUUACAUGUUUCUUACAAGAGAGAUAAACAUGUUCAUAGUUGUCUUCUCAUAAACAUGUUUGUUUUAUUUAGUCGCACAUUAAAUUUAAAAAUCACUUACUUGAAUGGUACUUAAAAUCGAUACCUCCAUAUUAAAACAGCCAACAGGUGUGGUAAUUAAUACGCUCUCUUUUAGUAUAUUACUGAGAAUUAUUUUUAAUUCACUUAAAUUCCUUUGAAUUCACAUUGAAUUUAUUUGAAUUUUUAAGACUUCUGAAUUCUAUUCAAUUCUUCUGAAUUUCUUGAAUUCUUUUUAAACUCUUUUAAAUUCUGUUGAACUCUUUUAACUUCCUUGAUAUUCUUGGAAUUACUUUGAAUCCCCGGAAUUAUGUAAAUUCUACUAAAUUAUUUGAAUUAUCUGAAUUCCUUGAAAUCUUGUAAUUCCCUGAAUUUAAUAAAAUCACUAAAUUCCCUAAACUGCUUGAAAUCCCUCAAUUUGGAGAAAUUCCUGAAUUCCAGAGAGUUCCAACUCAUUCCAAGAAUUCAGAGGAGUUCAGAAGUAUAAUUCAAGGAAUUUGAGAAAUGUAGGGAAUUAAAGAAAUUCUGAUAAUUCAAGAAAUUUCAAGAAUUCGAAGAAUUCAAAACAUUCAAGGAAUUUAUAAAAU